UUCAUGCCACUGUUUCCUAUUCUACACACAGUGCCUUGCAGUCAGUAAUUUUUUCAUUAUUUAUUUUCUUCUAUAUGUUAACAUGAUGCAUCAUGGUUUAUUAUUGAAAUAUAGUGUUACAUAAUGAGCUUUAUUUAUGCAUUAUGGAUGAUAUGCUUGCCUAUUGCUCUGUGAAAAUAUUCCAAAGUGUUUAUAUUUUAUUUGUCUUUUAUGAAUGAAUACUUGGGUGGAGUCACAUGACCACACACGAUCAUGUGACUUCCUGUUAAGUGUUUUUUAAAAGUAGACUUCCUGCUGUUCAGUUCAUUUACAAAUGUUGCCCUGACGAAGACUUGGUGUCGAAACAUGUUGGUGGUGUCCAUGUAGCUAAUAAAGGACUUUUAAUUGAGUAAGUACAGAGUGCCUCGGACUUUUCUUGCUUCAGUUCAAGUCACAGUUACUGCUUCAGCAAGUUUUUUCUGUAUUUCUAUUCAUCCGCGGGCCUGGUCCUUGUAGAGCACCUGCUUUUUACCCAUUGUUCACACCUGUUUUGGAGCCAUAAGCAGCACUCAACAAUCCUCCCUUUUUUUGCAAAGUUCUACUUCACCCACCACUGGGCCGUGGUGUUUUUUGUUGAGUUGCUCCGUUCAAUUUACCCUGGACGUUAUUGGAUCACAAGAUGACACAGCCAUCUAAGAACACAUUAUUUUUUACCCAAGAGGAAGGACGCAAUAUUAUUGUACAAGACUCUUUAUUCUGCAUGGAAAACCCAGGCUCACCUGAACUACCUUCUUACAAUGAACUUAAAAGACUUCUUGAGAAAGAAAAGAAACUGGAGUUACAUGCAAUAACGCUAUCCGACUACUGGCGGCAGAACAUCAUACCUCGUGGGCUCCGGAUAAAUAAAUUUCCAUCCUUUGGACAAGAUAACCUUGAAUUUAAACAAAAAUGGGAGUCCGUACUAAAUAAAUGCUCUUUUGACCUGAUGCUAUUACUGAUUGAUGAGGCAAAAAAUCAAAGAGAAGAAAUCAAACAGAAGAUACCGGAAGUAAAACGGAAGUUGUCACUUGUCAACGUGACACAACAACAGAAGGAGGAAGCAGCUAUCACUGAAAGUAAAAUAAACGACGACAUACGUGAGCUGACAAAGACCAUCACAAGUACAAAAAUGAAUAAGUUUCAAAGAGACAAAAAAGAUUAUGAUGAAGGAGCCAUCUAUUCUUGGCAGCGCCGGCACACCCGGGGACCACCGAGACGCGGCCGUACAGUCUCAUUCAGCUUACCGGGCAGCACCACAAGUGAGGACGAGGACCGCUCUGACACAAGUCUGGCUGGUUCUUCUCAUUUUUUAGACAAAACCCGGACACCUCACAGUGGCGCAGGAAGAAAACACGGCGGGGCAGACGGGGGAGGAGGAAAACGACAGCUGAGACCUCGACAGCCCCAUCAAAAUUACCACCACCACCACAAACGGUAAUCAAUAUAUCUAAUGUUCCUCUCCCACCAGACUGUCAAAAACUCCUAUCAAGGGGAUUAUCUUUUGCACCUACUCACAUAACCAAUAGUUUUCAAACUAGAAUAGAGCUCUAUAAAUUCUACCGCAACCUACAUUUAAAAACAUGGUACCACACACACCCCUCGCCCUGUACCACUUCAUCCACGGACCCUUCACAGCCCCUAUCCUACUUUAAACGAAAAUCAACCUUCUUCCCACUGAGUAACAACUCAUGCUUAAACGCAUUUAUGAAGAAAGUCGAUCAUGAUGUCAACUUGAUUCUACAAAAUAACACAGCAACUACGUCAAAUUUGUGCUCAGGUGAAAGACGAGCUAUGGUGUGGCUUAAAAAAGAAGAAGACAUCGUGGUGAGAAGAGCGGAUAAAGGGGGAGCUACAGUAAUAUGGGGAUCGUCUCUACCAACAAACCAAGGGGACUGCCAUGGGGGCUUCAUACGCCCCCAACUAUGCGGGAUUAUUUUUGGGGCUAUGGGAAGAGAGGUAUGUGCACAGCACUGAAAACCCCUUCAAACAGCUCAUCAAAUACUAUGGUCGUUACAUUGAUGACCUUUUCUUCAUUUUUACUGGUACAACAGAACAACUUCAAGAAUUUCAUCAAUAUUUAAACAGCACUAAUCCUAACAUCAAACUCAGUUUGGAAUUCAGCAACAAAGAAAUAAACUUCUUGGACCUUCUAAUAUCACUGGAUGAACAAGGCUCAAUACACACAUCUCUGUUCAGAAAAAGUACAGAUCGAAAUACUGUUUUACAUGCUGAAUCCUUCCAUCCUAAGAGUCUCAUUGAAAACAUUCCAUUUGGGCAAUUUCAACGUCUCAAGCGCAUCUGCAACUCUCAAACGGACUUCAAUACCCAAGCUACGGAAAUGCAACAGCGGUUCGUUCAAAGGGGCUACAAAGCAAAGACACUGAGUGGGGCUCUAACACGAGCAAAAAUUUUGGACAGAAGAAAUCUUCUCAUAAGGAGACAGCGAGCUCCAUCACAAACAAAAAACAGAAUUUUCUGUACUUUACAGUACAGCAACAUGGCAUACAAAAUCAAAAACGCCAUUACAAAAAACUGGUCCAUACUGGCUUGUGACCCUUCACUGGGCCCCUUGUUCUCUGAGCCCCCCAGGUUUGCCUUUAAAAAAGCCCCCACCCUCAAGGACAAAAUCGUCAAAAACUAUUUGCCAGCAUCAAAACUUGAGACUUUUUUCAAAAAACCCAUUGGCACCUUCAGAUGUGGGGCAUGUGUCCAUUGCACACAGAUCAAUCGUUCUACACAUUUUAUGGACUCUACAUGCACCUACACUUUUAAAUGUCGUUCUUUUGCAAACUGUAAUACAACACAUGUGGUAUACCGACUGGACUGUGUUUGUGGGUGUUUUUACAUUGGUCGCACAAAAAGAAAACUGAAAGAGCGUUUUGCAGAACACAAAUAUGCUAUCCGUAAAGGAAACAUGGAAUAUCCGAUUGCAAAACAUUUCAAGAACAUGACCCACACAAACAUUAAUGAACUCACAAUCAUGGCAAUUGAAGUUAUUGAGAACACUCCCCGAGGGGGUGACAGGUUGAAAAGAUUAUUGCAGAGGGAAACCUUCUGGAUCCACUCUUUGAAAGCAACUGUGUUCCCUGGACUAAAUGAAGAAAUAGACUUUUCUCCGUUUCUGUAAAUAUAUUAAUGUGUUCUGAAUGAUUGUCUUUGAUGAUGAGGGUUUACUCACUGUUUCAUGCCACUGUUUCCUAUUCUACACACAGUGCCUUGCAGUCAGUAAUUUUUUCAUUAUUUAUUUUCUUCUAUAUGUUAACAUGAUGCAUCAUGGUUUAUUAUUGAAAUAUAGUGUUACAUAAUGAGCUUUAUUUAUGCAUUAUGGAUGAUAUGCUUGCCUAUUGCUCUGUGAAAAUAUUCCAAAGUGUUUAUAUUUUAUUUGUCUUUUAUGAAUGAAUACUUGGGUGGAGUCACAUGACCACACACGAUCAUGUGACUUCCUGUUAAGUGUUUUUUAAAAGUAGACUUCCUGCUGUUCAGUUCAUUUACAAAUGUUGCCCUGACGAAGACUUGGUGUCGAAACAUGUUGGUGGUGUCCAUGUAGCUAAUAAAGGACUUUUAAUUGAGUAAGUA